AUGACUCUUCGUAGAAUGCACAAUCCGAUGUCUGGAAGGGUGAUUGAAAAUAUAACAGUCGCAAAGCGAGGCAAGGAAAUCAUGAGACCAGGACCACGUAUGGAGCGACAAGCCCUCCGGGCUACCUUUCGACCACCACAUCCCGAAAAUGGUUUGGUAUCGAGCGAGAAGAAGCCUGCCAUGGAAGAAGACUCGGUCAUCAAUAAAUCUCUCUCACUACCAUCCAAGGACAAUACUCCGAUGGCAUCUGAGAAGGAACCCGAAGCCGAGAUUAUCCCAAAACUCCCCGAAAACUCAAGUGAAACCGAUUCAGAACCAGGCAUACUUGAAGAGUCACUGGAAAAGUUUCCCGACUUCUUUCACCCAGACGUAGAUCUAACGAUUACCCAGCCUAUUACACCAAUCUCCGAAGACACAAUCCAAUACUAUCCAACUCCCGAAUCCGAAAGAAAUAGAGCAAAAUCGGCCCUGUUGACAUUUUUCUCGUACCCGGGGAACAGGCGUGGUAAAUUAAGAAUAACCAAGAAGGGAAGUGGUCUUGAAAUUCUCAAUAAUUGCUGGAGCCAGGAUGUUUUUGGUACAAAGUUGCACAUCGAUACUGUUGAUGAUAUUAUAAAAAGAUUCUUUUCGGCAACUAAUCAGUACGAUACCUUGAUGAUAUCGAGGGGGGUCACCCAGGAUCAAGGGAUUAAUAUUGAAUUGCAGGAUUUGAGGAAGUAG